UGUGGGACACUCUAGGAUAUUUAUUUACAGGGUUUCAAGGUACAAACCUGUCAAUAGUAGACUAGAUCCAACAAACCAGAUAAAAUGAGAUCAGACUAUUUUCCUGCUCUUGCACUGAGAACAUCAGAAUUUUCUACACUUAAUGAUAGCCAUGAGACGGGUUACUUUCCGGGUUGCCAUCCUUCUGGUCAUACACUGUUUCUUAGGGAAUUGUGAAGUGGCCACCAAACAUAAUGAAUGUAAUACAGGAGUCCCAGGUAUCCCAGGAACACCAGGCCUGAAUGGUCAGCAUGGAUCUCCUGGAAGAGAUGGUAAAGAUGGGGAACCAGGAACAAAAGGUGACCCAGGAACACCUGGUGAAAAAGGUCUACAAGGUCCUCCUGGUAAAGUAGGUCCUCCAGGAUUUCCCGGCGCUAAAGGAGUUCCUGGUAGUUUAGGUCAACCAGGCUUCCCAGGACCACCAGGGACAAGAAAAACAUAUGCGUUUCAUGUGGGACUGACAUCCUCUUAUCCAUCUACCGAUGGCCCAAUUAAAUUUGGAAAAGUGUUUUACAAUGAGCAAAGUAUUUAUAACACAGGAAGUGGAAAGUUCAUCGCUCCAGUAGAUGGUCUUUAUUUUCUCACAUAUCAAAUUACUGUCUAUAGUAAAAAUGUACAUAUUACCCUACAACAAAAUGGUAAGAUUGUGCAGUACAUGUAUCAUGUGUAUGGGUCCCAAACUAACCAAGCCUCUGGUGCCUCAAUUCUAGCGCUGAAACAGAAAGAGGAGGUUUGGCUGCAGGUUGUAGGAACAAACAAUGGUCUUUAUGCUGAUAGCGAUGAUGACUCUACAUUCUCAGGUUUUCUGAUUUAAUGAAACCAGACCAGAUCAAACUUCCUUUACAAUAAAAAUUACAUUUACUAAUGGCAUCAAACACAUUAAAUGCAACUGCUACAAUCAUAAGCAUACAAAAUAACAUACAGUCCUAAUUUGGGGCUGAUUCACAUCUGCGUUCUGGCUUAAGUAGCUUCUUUGGCCGGAUAUAAAGCCAUGCAUGCACUUAUGCGGUCGGUUGGGGUCAAUGGGGUCCGGCAGUGCAUGGAACAAAAAGCAUACCAAAGCUAUAAAAUAGCAUAUCAAAGCUAUAAAAUUGUUCUUGCACUGUAUACGAUUGCUUGACAAUAAAACAGCAUUUCUGGCACAGAA